ACAUUCCUCACUUACAGGACGACCUAUCAGCUCUUUACCACCGCCACGUCAAUACCCCGCGCUCAAUAUAAGCGCCAUCCACUCCCACCCUCCUUCCACUUUACCCCAUGGACUACAGCAACGAACCACCCCAUUCGCCCCUGCUUGACAUCCAAGAGAAAAGACCGUUCAACGCGGAGCCUUCAGCCGCCGCUCUCGUUGAAUUUCCAUUGACUCCAGAAGACCUCGUCUACUGUCGCAAUCAUGGCCCUGUACGGGAGUUCGAUGAUACAUACCAACUUACAGUCAAGACGGAUAAGAAUGAAGACAUCAAGUUCAGCGUUAGCCAACUCACAACAUUAUUCCCGAAGGCUCAGAUCGUCGCUGUUCUUCAGUGUGCGGGACUUCGGAGGAAUGAAAUGGGCCUAGUGAAACCUGUUCACGGUGUUGCUUGGAGAGACGGAGUCACUGCGAAUUGCAAAUGGGGGGGUGUUCGUUUAUGUGACCUGCUGAAGUAUUCAGGGGUACAGGAGGCGCAUCAUGUCUGCUUUUCAUCCUACGCCACGCUCUGUCAGGACGAAGAAUACUAUGGUGCCUCCAUUCCAUGGGAAAAGGCAAUUCGCGAGGACGAGGAUGUUCUGAUUGCCUAUGAGAUGAAUGAUGAACCUCUGAGCCCCGAUCACGGCGCGCCCUUGCGCGUGGUUGUACCUGGAUAUCUUGGCGCACGCUGGGUGAAGUGGAUAGAUAGCAUCCUGAUCUCGGAUGAGGAAUCUCCAAAUUAUUAUCAACAACGUGAUUAUAAGAUCCUACCCCCGAGUGUCGAAACCAAGGCCGCUGCGAAAUCUCUGUGGUCAAAGUAUCCAUCAAUGACGGCGCUUUCGCUCAACUCAGUUAUUGCAUACGUGCAGCGAUCCUCAAACUCAAUAUUCGUCAAGGGCUACGGCAUUCCUGGACCAACUGGGAAUAUAACGGCCGUGGAAUUAACGACGGAUUCUGGCGCGACGUGGCACAGUUCUCGGAUAAUAUAUAGGGAAGGUAAAUGGAGUUGGACAUUGUGGGAAGCAGAGUUGUUUGGCGUUGGGGAGGGCGGUACAGUGCAUAGCCGCGCGAUCGAUGCGCUUGGAAAUGUACAGCCACGAGAAGGGUUGUGGAAUCUCCGUGGUGUUGCAUUUAACGGCUGGGGAGUUGGACACUGGUAA